AUGGCCGGUGAGUCCCAGAUGGAUGACUAUGAGGACUACCCUUACGACGAGCUAUAUGGUUAUUACAAUGAGACAGCAGAGGAAUGCCAAUUCCAGGAGAUGCCCCAUGCCCACUGGAUCUUGCCCACUCUCUACUCUAUCUUUUUCCUGGUUGGAUUCUUGGGCAAUUUGGUGGUGAUCUUGGUGGUCUCCAAGCGUAGCUCACGCCGGGCGGACACCUUCAUCCUGAACCUUGCCGUCUCCGACCUCCUCUUUGUCUUGACGCUGCCUCUGUGGGCUUCUUCUUUGGCGCAAGGAGGAUACUGGCCCUUCCAGGCUUACCUAUGCAAGGCUAGCGGUUUUGUCACAACCGUCACCCGUUGCGCCAGCUCCUUGCUUAUGGCCAUCAUGAGCGUGGACCGAUACAUUGCCGUGAUAAAAGGCAAGAAGAUGCAUCCUGUUCGAUCACGGUCCUGCGGCAUCGGGUCCUGCUGUGCCAUUUGGGUCACCUCCAUCCUUGUUGGAUGCCCAACGUUGGUGAACCGACAUCUCGAUGAUCGCAACUCUAAAUGCGUGGAUGACAGUUUGGUUUUCAAAAUGGUGGUCAUGGUGCUCACUUUUCUCUUGCCCUUUGCUGUUGUCCUCUUCUCCUAUUGCUGUAUGGCUAAGUACCUAUGGAGCUACUUUGGCAAGCAAAUGAAAGCAAUGGCUGGCCGGGGAAAGCCCAGACAAGGGCACAGGUGGCUUCGUAUUGUGUCCUGUGUGGUUGGGGCUUUCUGCUUCUCUUGGCUUCCCUUUCAUAGCCUCAAUACCGUGGUAGUGAUAUAUGAGAUAGGGCUUGAUAUGCCUUGUUCCACCAUUGUGGCCGUAUCCCAAGCUUUGACAGCCUCGGCCGCUCUUGCCUUUGCCAGCAGUUGCUCCAACCCUCUGAUCUACGCCCUUCUGGACGGCGGAUUUAGGCGUCGAGCCCAACUCUCCUUGCCAAGGCAGUUCCUCAAGUGUCCUUCAAUGUUGCCUAUCCCAGGCUGGAGUGUGCCAACCACUAAUGUGAGUAUGGAGAGCACCAGCACCUACACUGGCAACUGA